CACACUUUCGCUGCUGAUUUUUGAACACUGACAGCAGUGAUCAUGUGUGGUUCUGUUGCUAGAACAUCUAAUUUAGGAAGGUUACAGUUGCUGUUUCUCACCCUGCAAUGUAUUUGUCAAGCACCAUUUGCACUUGCUGGAAAGAUGAAGAUUGUAGAGGAACCAAAUACAUUUGGCCUCAACAAUCCACUUUCGGCACAAGGGAACAAACUUCAGGCCAAAGUGCCUCCUACCCCUGUAUCAGGACCGGCCCAUCUUCACAGACUGUCUGGGAAGUGUUUCAGUUACAUAGAAUCCACAUAUAAAUAUGAGUUCUGCCCAUUCCACAAUAUAACCCAGCAUGAGCAGUCAUUUAGGUGGAAUGCCUACAGUGGUAUACUGGGAAUCUGGCAGGAGUGGGAGAUUGUGAACAACACGUUUGUGGCCAUGUGGAUGAGAGAGGGAGAUUCCUGUGGAAAUAAAAACAGACAAACCAAGGUUCUCCUCUCUUGUGGGGCCACCAGUAAGUUGGCCCAGGUUUCGGAGCCCAGUACCUGUGUAUACUCCCUGACCUUUGAAACACCGCUUGUGUGUCACCCACAUUCCCUACUAGUGUAUCCGACACUGAGUGACAAGCUACAGAAGGAGUGGGACGAAGCGGAACAAGCCCGCUAUGAUGAGCUCAUCACUGAGCAGGGAUACAAUAACCUGCUGAAGGACAUCUUUGAGGAAGCUGGCUUUUUAAAGACCCAGAAAGUUACAGAGAAGCAAGGUAUCCACAACCCCACAAAGAAAUUUGAGUCCCUCGAGAAAUGUAGUGAGGAAUUUCACAAACAAAGUGAGGAGAUUGAGAGACUGCGGGCGCUGCUGACUCAACACAACAUUCCUCAUGAGAAGCAGCCAGCAGCUGCAACAGAGAAGUCCCAGAGGCCAGCGAGUGCGGCCCCGGGUGUGGAAACUCACCUGCGGGGGGACACGGGCCUGCUGAUAGACGUGCUGUGAGCGUGAGAGAGGCCCCUACAGACAGACACAUCUGCCUCCUAGACUGUCAGGCCUCAGCACCAUCGACAAGAGAGAUGCAAGGACUGCGCAUUUCCAGAAUUUCAGUGACAAAAUUUUCUACUUCCAAAAUUAUACAACUGAAAAAAUAAAACUUUGUUUCGACCAUUGCUAGCCCCAGACUCACCCCCACCAUAUUCUAUUCCCGGGUCAAAGUGCUUAUUUAAUAAUAGGAUUUUUGAAAAUUCACAUUGGUUUUUAAAUUUAAUUUACUUGGCACUGGUUAAGGAGACA